CGGUCCGGGCUCCGGCAUCGCCAAGCUAUAUAUUUCCUUCCUGCCAACCUCCCUAUCCAAACCUCAUUCAUACAAACUCAAGCUAUAGCAACAUAGAUAUAUGCCCUGCUUAAUCUCUGCUACCUAGAUACUUUCUCUCCUUCUCCACUAUCUUGCUAGCUCAAUUGGUGCCGUGCUGGAAGCGCCAUCCAUAGAUCUCUCAUCCAUAUCUAUACAUACACACCGCGAUUCAAAAUACAGAUUGUAGAGAGAGUUGAGCAGGAAGAAGAGGGUUCAGAGAGAAGAUAGUGCAUAGAUAUAGAGAUAAAUAUUUCCAUGGGGCUGCGGGACAUCGAGAUGAUGCUGCCGCCGGGGUUCCGCUUCUACCCGAGCGACGAGGAGCUGGUGUGCCACUACCUGCACGGCAAGGUGGCCAACCAGUGCUUCACCGGAGGAGCCACCGGGACCAUGGUCGAGGUCGAUCUGCACGUCCACGAGCCAUGGGAGCUGCCAGACGUGGCGAAGCUGAGCACGAACGAGUGGUAUUUCUUCAGCUUCCGUGACCGCAAGUACGCGACGGGGCUGCGCACGAACCGCGCCACCAGGUCCGGCUACUGGAAGGCUACUGGAAAGGACCGCGUCAUCCACAGCCCGAGGUCGUCCUCAUCCGGCUCUGGUCACGCCGUCAUUGUCGGCAUGCGCAAGACCCUCGUCUUUCACCGCGGUCGCGCCCCCAACGGCACCAAGACCUGCUGGGUCAUGCACGAGUUCCGUAUCGAGAACCCUCACUCCCCACCCAAGGAGGACUGGGUGCUGUGCAGAGUUUUCCACAAGAAGAAAGCCGACAUUGAGUACGCCAUGGACGGCGAGCAGGAGCUCGGCGGCGGUGGCAUGGCUCACGGGUCUGCUGCCGUGAGCGUAUCCAACUACGUAAGUCCCUCAUUCUGCGGCGAUCCAGCGCCGUUCCCUUCCCCUGGCGCCGGCAGCCACCAUUACCAGAUCACGUCCUGUGAUCAUGAGCUCCCCGACGACGCAGCAGACGUCUCGCUCAGCAAUGUGGACGCUUUCGCCCGCAUGCCGCAGCUGCUGGGCUACGAAAGUAUCAUUGACUUGAGCCAGCAACUCCAGGGCGGCGGCAGUGCAGCGGCAGGUUUGAGAGACGGCGCCGAUGAUCAGUGUGAUGGGGCGCUGAUGGACCUAGGGCUGGAGGAGCACUACAACUACAACAGCUUGAUGUAGAUGUGUAUAUAUGAUGUAAGAUCGGUGGGUGCUGCAUGCCGUUAUACGUUAGUUGACACGAACCGGUACGUUGACUCGGUGCAACAGAUCAUAGGACCGGGAAGCUAGACAAGCUGACCACUCACCGGUACACCGGCUAUGAUAAGACGCUUACCCAACGGGACAGGAAUGGACAUUCGUUACGUGUACGAAGCGCCACUGUUGAUGCCCAUCUAAUAAACUUCACCA